CGCAGCGCGCCACAAGCCCCCUUGCUUCAGGCUCCACCGCUAAUUAAAAUUGCGAACCCGAUCAAAGGUAGCCAGCGCCUGCAGCCGCCAGAACAAAGCGCCCUUAAUAUCCAUAUACCAACUCUUGGCCGUCAUGGCCAAACCGACGCGUUUUGCGGGGGCCAAUGAGCCGCUGCAGAUUUAUCAGGAUAAUACUGGUCACGACUUCUUCGAUCAACAUGCACCACCUUCCAUGAGCAGGGCGCUGAUGCCCACCACCUUUGGCAAGCAGAACUCACCACGUAGAGCGCUGCAAACCUCAUCCAAUGGCAAUGUCGUCUUCAACCCUCCAAAUGGACCCAUGCACCAGAAUUCGCCCUUCAAGGCGACGGGCGCAUCGCCGUUGACCCCUCUCAAAUCCCACGGCAACAAGAUGAACUCGGUAUCGUUGAUGCCGCCCAACAUGAAUGGGCAGACGACCGAUUCGAUGCAGAAGAAACAACCGUUAAUGUCGAGGUUUAAGACGGUCGUGCAGAAGCCCGCCGUGGAUGCGCAUCUGAACUAUGGCAAGGAGAACGUCCACCCGACUCUGUACCCGGCGCCGCCGGCCCCGGCGCCUUUUAACAUCAACCUCGAGAACUACUACAAGGCUCCAGGGAAACGAUCACUGCUCGAAGCUGCCCAGAUCAAGGAGGCACGACCGGCAAAGAAAAUGCAACUGGACGAGAGUGGGCUUCCGCGUCACGAUUCCUUUCCCGCCAUCACCGACGACGGAUCGAAGCCAGGCCACAGUUACGCGCAACUCAUCGGGAUGGCCAUUCUUCGCGCUCCCAACCGCCGCCUAACCUUGUCCCAGAUCUACAAGUGGAUUUCAGACACGUUCUCGUUCUACAAUGCCAAUGAUGCGGGUUGGCAGAACAGCAUCCGUCACAACCUGAGUCUGAAUAAAGCGUUCAUCAAACAGGAGCGACCCAAGGACGAUCCAGGAAAGGGAAACUACUGGGCCAUUGAGCCCGGAAUGGAGUUGCAGUUCAUGAAGGAGAGACCGGCGAGAAAGUCUGCGACGAGUGCGGAGAACGUUCCUGUCAUGUCGACGCGGCUUGAGCCCGCCCAUCUGGAACCACAUGCCUUUCACGACGGGUUUCCAGGACCGUCUCUGCCGCCACCACUACUGCCCGCGCAGUCUACAUUGUACCCUCAACACUCUGUGCCAUCAAACGCACCGGCCACCACGGCACCCGAGGUUUCGUCGGACGCUACCAUUCCAUUGUCGGACAACGUCACUCCGGAGGAACAGGUCGAUAAAACAGAGCCGGAAGGAUCCAUGGACAACAGCAUGUACUCUCCUCUCCCAGCGGCAAUGCAUUCGUCACCCCCGAUGCCACGGCAUAUGGAGCACCGGAGCAACACACCGCCUCCUGUCUCGCGCAACCCGGCUUCCUCGGGUGCGCGCACGCACAAACGCAAGUUUGCGUCCAUGGACGGUUCGCUGGACGACAGUGGCUACAUCUCAUCCCUGGAAUCGUCCGCUAUGCGUCCUAACCAAGGCAGUCGAGUCCUGACGUCCGAAGCGGAUCGUCCCAGGAUCAAGCGAGGACGUGCGGAGGAGGAGAUUGCCCGUCUUCGAGCUUCCUCAUAUGACAGUCCCACGAAAGCCCGUUCAUACGGGUUCGCGCCACCAUCCUCGUCCCCUCUCCGCCGGGCCAACGAGUCGAGUCAGAUGCUCCCUCCUUUGACACCCGCUGUGAAGAUCAAGGCCCCCCCCAAGCCGCCUCCUUCGGUUUCACCAAACACAAACCUGCGGAUGCAUCGAGACAAGGUCAACCACAUGCUCAACUCUCCUCUUCGCCGGGUUAGCAACCUGUCAGAAGAUGUUGCGCCUUGGAGCCCCGCGUUCAACAUCGACGAUACCCUCUUCAGUUUCAAUGAUUUCGUUAACGAAGGUCCUGAUUUCGAUAUCUUCCAAGACGGAUCGCUUGAGUCUUUCUUUGCCUCGGCGGACAACGGCUCCCCGGUUAAGCGCUCGGUUAAGAGAAUGCGCAUGGAUCGAGCUCAUUCGACGAGUUGCCUCGGCGACAUUACCAAUUCCGCCUCGAGCAAAUCGGUCACGUCGGGUCCCUACUUAAAGGUGCCCCAGCAGUCUUUCCCCUUGACUUACGACACCCCCAGCAAGGUCUUUGAAGGGCUGUCAUCGCCUAGCAAGUUUUUCUUGCAGUCUCCCAUUGCGGCACGGGCAACGCCCUCUGCCAAGCAGGCCGACUGGACUAAUCUCGACGAUUUCGCGACCCGGCUGUUCGAGGAGAACGAGGAAAACUGCCCUGGCCUGGAUAUUCUGCAAGGCUUCGAAAGAAUUGGCGGCAACACGACAUCCAAUGGCCCCUCCAAAUCCUCCAAACCUGUCCUUGGCCGGAGCUUCACGACUACCUUCUAAUAUCAACGAUACGGAUCCUUGUGACGACUUACGACUGAAUGACUACGGCACACUCGACUUCUGUCCUGACCAUCUGUACCCAGGUGGAACAACUGCUACAUUUCUGCUAGCAAGGUGGCAACUGGACUUGUAGACCUAUUAACUGCCUUUACGCCUCACGGCCUUCUUGUCUAUUGUUUGGACGUUAAUGACGCCACGUGUCUUGAGUACAUACUACACGGCUGUAUGCGGGGAACUUGGGUUUCCUUUUGAUUGUCAUUGAGCGUGCGAUGUUUUGUUUUUAAAUCUGAUCUUGGGGUCAGGGUCGACACUUGGGCGAGGGGCGUUGGCACACGCAGGCCUUUACUACGAGACUAGAUGGAUGGAUACUGGGAUAACGAAGGGAGGUUGGACUUGAUACCUAAAUUGAUGCUGAUAAUGUGCGGCUAUCUGUAUCGGAAAC